GCAAGCUAACGCUAUGUUUUUAGCAUUAUGACCAUAUCAAUGUAGGGCUGGCUCGGCAACUGUGGAGCUAAUACCAAAUAAACCGGCUGCACCUUAAUAAAUGAAAGAUAGCCGUCCACAGCCCGUGUUCUCCAGUUAGCAAUUUGUUUUGUCUUUUUCUCUUUUUGAACUGGGAGCUGAGCGAACUAACGUUAGCCUUCUUCAGCUAAGGCUCACUCUGCUAAUUCAACAGUGGCCGGAAACAAAAAGAGUGACACUGUCAGCAGGACAUGGCCAGAACCACAGGAGGGAUCUGGGAUCUGAGGACACAGACAGUUCAGGUAGAGCUGAGGAGUGUUAAGGAGUGACAGGGGGCUCCAGGGCUCAUGUCUACUCCACAAACACUCACACCCCUUGACUCUGGCUGUGGAGAACACCUCAGCAUGGUGAAGACAGUAAAGAUGGAGCUCCUCAGAGCGCUUGUCAGCGAGUGUUUGUCUGCAGCUGCCGAGGAGAUCUUCAAGAUUGUAGAAAGAACCAUUGUGGAAUAUGAAAAGGAAAUGUCCUGUUCAAAGUGGGUGGUGGACAGCCACCGCAGACUGCUGGAUGCUGCCAAGUCCCAUAGUGAAGACUCUCUCCAAGUGUCUGCCACAGAUGUGAAGUUGCAGCCUGGUCAGCAUCAGCCUGCUGCCAGUGUGAACGUCAGCGUGUGCUGGGAGGAACCAGAAAACACCUUGUCAGAGCCAAUAGAACCCUGUCCCAGCACGAAUAACACUCAUCACCCUGCCAGUGAAACUGAUCAAAGUGAUCAGGAGAUACUGGUUGAUAUUGAAGAUGAUGAUGAUGUGAAGCAAGAGUGUGACCUGAACAUGCCUUUGAAAAUCCUCAAAGUGAAGAAACCAUUCAAAUGUCCUGUUUGCUUCAGUGGUUUUUCUUCCAAAAAGACGAUGGUACGACACAUCAAAAAGCAUCCAGAGGACAAUUCGUCACGUUACCAGUGCCAGUUCUGUGAGCUCUACUUCUGCCACAAGUCUGAAUUCAUCAUUCACACCAGAACACACAAAGGCACCAAACCAUACAAGUGUCAGGACUGUGAGAAAAGCUUCGACCAGAGGGGUAGUCUACUCAUUCACAGACAAAAACACUCUGAGCAGAAAUCAUAUCAGUGUUUUAGUGAAAAGGUGGAUGCAGAAACCUGCCUCAGAUCAGUGACACUUGGCAGUAAAAUUGAAAAAGAGCUGGACUGCAGACAGGAUAAUUCAGGCAUUAAGACAUUUCCACUGACUAUCACUCCCUUUGAUAAAAGUGAGUUUGAUCAGGAGUCUCUUCAGCCCCUGUGUCUUUACCAAAUCCAGACUGUUGCUGAUAUAGAUAAAGACUCUUCAGCAGUUACAGUUGAUCACAUUAAAACCGAGCUGGCUGAAGCUGAUGGUGGAAUAUCAGACAGUACCACAGAGGAUCAGUUGACCCUUUCAGUGAAUUCAGGUGAACAGGCUGAAGGUGAGACAGAGCCAAAACAUAUCAACAUAAAAAACAUCCUGCCAAGACGACCUUCAGGAAAAUCCACAGAGCUCAUCAUUCAGUUUGAAGCAGGGACAGCGCAGAAACCUUACAAGUGUCCUUGUUGCACCAAAUGUUUCUCCUUGACUAAGACUUUAAUCAGACACGUAAGGAUCCACACAGAGGACAAAUCAUACCAGUGCCAGUUUUGUGGGAGGAACUUCUGUCAGAAGUCAGACCUGGUAAAUCAUACGAGGAUACACACAGGAGAGAGACCAUAUCAGUGCAAAGUAUGUCACAAAUCAUUCGCACAGAAAGGCAACCUGGUGGUUCACAUGAGGAAACAUACAGGAAGUAAACUGUUAACAGUGCCACAAGUGCAGCUGUAGCUUUUGUCAGAGGUCAUCUUUUGACUGUCACAUGUCAAGCCACAGAUAGAGGAGUUUACGGCCUUGUCAUAAGGCUGGGAUUUACACCUCAAUAAUUUUUUUUGGUACUGAGUAAAAUGUGUCUGUAGCAAGUGAAGCACUGAAAGCUGGAAUUGAAUGUCUGUUCAGAAUCAUAAUCUUGUUUACUUGUUCUUUGUUCAUAUAGUUCUGAUUUAAACAAAAAGCUUGCCACUUGAAACAAACUCACCAUGAGUUCCAUUAGUACAGUCCCAGCCAUAUAAAAUGGCUGUUCCUAGCCAGAGGCUAUCUGGCUGCCACCCGGCUGGGAUCCAACUUCCAGCCACUGGUAGCCCUCCCCUCUUCCUCUUUCCUGACAAGGUGUGUCUAGAUUCCACAGUAAACACGCCCAUUCAAGCAACAUUCCUUUAACUAGUUUAGGCUAUUAUUUGUAUAGUAUGUUUCUUUCUUCUUUCUUCUUGUUGACUUAAGCAAGGUUUAUAUAUGCAGCAGUGUCCCUGGAGUGAGGUUGGCGUGUCAAAAAAUUCUGUCUGUUCUCGCACAAACCCAUUACUUUCAAUGUAGACAGGCAUCAUACGCGCUCACAACCCAAAGCGACGCGCUUGUUUUUUCAUCCAGCGCACAGCUCCACGGACCUGCUUCUCCCUCCGAUGUUGUGUCAGAUCCCAGUUCCCCCUCGGGCUGUGUCUCUACGGCUGUUUCCCAUGGAGCUCUGACCCGUUUGAAAGGCGAAGGAAGCCCAUACUGUAUGUGGAAAGACUUCGCUUCCAAGAUGUAGAAUGUGUAUUAUAGAAGAGAAACACGCAUUUCAGGACCGCUGACUUGUAUCACCAGAACAGACAUGUCCUGUGAUUUUCAGCCACCUUGGUCUCGAAAAACCCCAGGGAAAACCCUGUUACUGCGUGUGCUGCACUUGCAGUUCCACAUGGUCAAGGGAAUACUGGCCAAGCAGUUCAGCCUGUACAGACAUCUGUACAACUGUUUAUUAAGAGACCACAGGGACUAGGCUUAGGCGGUAUCUAAUUUUUCAUAUCUUCCUGAAAUUUCACCACAGUGUUCACUUUAUGACUGUAUGGGUGUGCGGUGCUAACCCCCUUGACCAGUGAGUUCACUACUUCCCACAAGCUCUCUUAGCCUUUUCAGACUAAUAAAUACAUAUAGAAACUCACAAAAUGAAAAGUAAUAUUCUCACACUUAUUUUGUUUUUUAACCAGAAAUACAACUGUAUACUUUUUGAAAUCAGGUUUCUCUCGGUCACGGAACUUACGGAACAAGACUGGCUUAAUUGCCUCAUUUACUCAUUGUAAAACACACCACAUUCAAACUCAACAGAAACAAAAAAAAAAACUCACCCAAACCGUCUUUGUUAGUUAUCUAGUAAGUCCAAUGUUGCAGCAAUCACCAACUCCAAUUUGAUAAACCCUCAAUUUACCGAGUUACAUGUAAAAAACAUGCUGUUUUCCACCCUGGCCUUUGCAAUUCUAGGUUCUAUGUUCCCCGAUCAGGGAAUAUAGGGAUGACCCCCUUAAAUCAACUUAAUACAUGUUUUUUCUACAUUUCCGGCAUCCUCUUCCCACUUCAUUCGAUCAGGAGAGAGAAUUCCACAAAUUUAUCUUAUGUUUGAGUGGUGAGACUGAGACCCAUGUUACUGACCAAACACAAAGCUAUCAGUGAUGACUGUUAGAAUGUACAGCGAUUUAACAUUCAAUAUAACAUGUACAUCACCGUAAAUACCUGAGUUUGCUGUUGACUGCUCUAGUGGAGGCAUGUGUAAGGAACACCGGACGGCACUUGUUCAGAAGACUCCAUUCACAAAUAUCCGAAUGGGACUGAGCUCGAAAUGCGACGAUGCUGGUGUGUAUUUCAAAAGCGCUGUCAAUCACAAAGGGGUUCAGCCUUUUAGACAGUUCCUCCAAUC